AUGAGGAAAGAGCUAAAAUACAUGAUAUAUGGUAACCUGACCAUAUUGGGUAUCAUCCUGUAUGUGACGUUCGACCUGCUGACACUGGCGAUUGACGAUACCUUCCAGGACGCGCUCAGGGAAGAGGAGCUUAACCCUCCCCAGGGCGCCGAGGAGAGGCCCAUGUUGAUUCCCAAGAUCAUCCACCAGACGUACAAGACGGAGGAGAUCCCGGACGUGUGGAAAGAGGGACAGCAGCGGUGUAAGGAUUUGCAUCCGGACUAUGAGUACAUCUUGUGGACCGACAAGAUGUCUGUGGAAUUCAUCGAGAAGGAGUACCCGUGGUUCCUGGACACGUUCAAGAACUACCGGUACCCCAUCGAGAGGGCGGAUGCGAUCAGAUAUUUCAUUCUGUCGUACUACGGGGGCGUGUACAUCGACUUGGAUGACGGGUGUGAGAGGAGUCUGGACCGGCUACUGACGGUGCCGGCAUUUGCACGUAAGACGUCACCCACAGGUAUCUCUAACGACGUUCUGGGGUCGGUGCCGGGCCAUCCAUUUUUCGACAAACUGAUGCACUCUCUGAAAAAAUACGAUAGAAACUGGCUCGUGCCCUACAUCACCAUCAUGGCGUCGACGGGCCCUCUCUUUGUCAGUAUGGUUUGGAAACAGUACAAGCGAUGGGGGGUGCCAAAGGACGGCGUGGUCAGAAUACUUCAGCCGGCCGAUUACAAGAUGCAUGCGAACUCGUUCUUCUCUAUCAGCAAGGGCUCUUCGUGGCACAUGGGUGACGCGAAGUUUGUGAAAUCGCUUGCUAACCACAUUUUGGCGUGCGUUGUUGCCGGGUUUGUGUUUGCGUUUUUUGUUCUUUACUCCGAGUAUUGCUUUUACUGUUGGCUAUGCUCAAGAUCAACUGCCAAGAAGAGUGCGGCGUCAUCGACAACAGCGACAAUAGCGGGAAAGGUUUUGAACUUCUUCCGCUCCAUUCCGAUGUGCAGCAGAGGGGUAAAUUUCGAUUCAACUGAAAGACUGGCCGAUGGUCAACUGUCGGAUCAACGCUCCUCAUUGAAUGAAAGACAGAGACAAAAUCGUAUAAGGAAGGACUCAAAUCUUCCUUUCAGCUUCCUACUCUCGGAUCUUGAAAAGAACGAUCCAAAUUUCACUGAUUUGAGCAACUGA